AUGAGACCGACUUCAGGCUCAGGAGCACAGUCUGACAAACAUCGUUGUGAGUAGUUCACUGUAUGCCUGCGAAGGAGAACUUUGUGCAGCACGCGCACGGAUUCUCACGCUGACAUGCAUGCGAACCUGCGCGGUCGCGCAAAGCACGCGGAUUGCCCUUCUCCAACGGUGCUGCCUGAUAGAGUUUCGAUGCGGGACAGUGCCGGAAAUGCACUGGCAAUGGUACUGUCGCCGGGGGCCGACGACGCUGCACCCUUGGCUAUUAAGCCCGGGCCCUGACCGCAAGUUUAUGCGCGCUCUCCUUGUUCGUUGCCAUAUCCGUCGCCUGUCGCCGCUGAGCUUGCCCCAUCUCUCACCUCGCUCGUCGCCUCCCAAUCUGCAUCGUAGCGUCCCAGAGUCCGUAGACAGCCCCCACCAUGCUCGGCAUCGACAACAGCCAGGCGCUGCUCCUGCUCACCAUCCUCCUUCUCUCCUGGCUCGUCCAAAAGGUCGUCGCGUUCCAGCGCGUCGCCCGCUCUGUGGACAACUGGCCAGGCUUCCGCACCGUGUUCAGCGACAGGACCGUCCUCUUCCCCUUCAGCGUCCGCGGGCUAUCGCCCGGUCCUGCGUGGACGAUCAACUCCAAGUACGCCGAGUUCGCCCGCCACGGAUGGGACGUCAUCACAGGGGUGCGUCGCGCGCCGGUCACAAAACUGACACGCAGCACACCUCGCCCCGAACAGGAGAUUAUGGGUGCGCGCGCGCGCUUCCCGAAACCGACGUCGUCGUACGCUCUGCUCGCGACGUUCGGCACGAACAUCCUCGUCACCGAGGGCGACGAGUGGAAGCGGCAGCGGAAGAUCGCCGCGCCCGCCUUCUCCGAGAAGAACAACAGGCUCGUCUGGGACGAGACUGCCAAGGUGCUCGAUGACGUGUUCCAGAACGUGUGGGGCGACAGGGACGUCGUCGAGCUCGACAACAUCAUGGACCUCACCGUGCCCGUCACGCUCCUGGUCAUCGGGGUCGCAGGCUUCGGGCGCCGCAUGUCGUGGAGCGAGGAUCAAGUCGCGCCCUCCGGGCAUUCGAUGACUUUCAAGGACGCGAUGUACGAAGUCUCGCACCACCUCGUCCUGAAGGUCCUGUUUCCGGACUGGCUCCUCCGCUGGGGAACUCCCGCUAUGCGGCACUUCGCGACCGCGCACGACGAGCUCAUGGCGUACUUGCACGAGAUGGUGGUCGCGCGGCGAGCCGCGGAGGUAAAGGACGAGCGUUUCGACCUGAUGAGUAACCUGCUUGACGCGAACGAGGACGAGACGGACAGCGCCGCGAAGCUGUCUGACAGCGCGCUGAUCGGGAACGUCUUCCUCUUCUUGGUGGCUGGGUACGAGACUACGGCGCACACCCUCGCCUUCGCGUUCACCCUGCUGGCGCUCCACCAGGACGAGCAGGAGGCGUUCUACCAGAACCUCAAGUCCGUCCUCCCGACGGACCGGGAGCCGACAUACGAAGACUUCAGCUCGCUCUCGUACUCCCUCGCCGUGAUGAACGAGACCCUCCGGCUCUUCCCCCCCGUGCUCGCCAUCCCCAAAGAGUCCGCCGAAGACACCGCCUUCACGCUCACCUCGCACACCGGCGAGACGCGCACGCUCCCCGUCCCCGCGCAGACGUACAUCGCGCUCUGCGUCGCGUCCAUGCACCGCAACCCGCGCUUCUGGCCCGAGCCCGAUGCGUUCCGCCCCGCGCGCUUCCUCGGGGCGUACAACCGCGACGCCUUCCAGCCGUUCAGCGGCGGGCCAAGGGGGUGCAUCGGGAGGGGCUUCGGGGAGACGGAGGGCGUGGCGGUGCUGACUAAGAUCGUGGCACGGUAUAAGGUCGAGGUGAGGGAGGAGCCGGGGUGGGAGGGGGAGACGUUCGAGCGGAGGAAGGAGAGAUUGUUGAGGUGCGGGCAUAGCUUGACGAUCUUUCCGGAGCGGGCGCCGCUGGUGUUCAGGCGGAGGUAG